AUGCGGCGCCGCAGCUGCCUCUCCUGCAGCAGCUCUGCAACAGAUGAGACAGAGGAAACUCUUGCAGACCCUCCUCCUCCUCCUCCUCCUCCUCCUGCUGCAGACUCUCCUCCUCCUCCUCCUGCUGCAGACUCUCCUCCUCUUCCUCAAACCUUCUCUCCUCCCACUGACUCAGCUUUCAGCAGGAUGCGGGAGCAAAGAACUCCACCUGAUGUUCAUGGCUACUUUGAGACUUUCAUCGCUAGAAAGAACUUGUUGCAGCUCCCAGAUCUGACAGCUCAGACUCGUGUGUCUCCUCUGCCCAGAGGACAGGAGGACAAACAGUCCUGGACGUGUCCCAUCUUUGAUCAUGUCUCCAGGCCGCGGUCCAAACCUCUCACACAUCUGGAGCAUCAUGGAAUUAACAAUCUAGUGAGGAAUGGAACAAUGUUCUCCUCGGUUCUCAGAUGUUUGGAUGCUUCAGGAUCUUUGAAAUGUUUCUGCUGCCAUCAGUUUUAAAAUGACUCCAUGUUUGUUUGGUUUUUAAAUGGUACAAAUUACUAGUUUGAACACUUGAUAUGUUGACUGCUUUAUACAGGGUAAUGACACUUUGUUAUUUUAAGAAAAACGGUUUAAUUUUACAACCCUGGAGUUGUUUUUUCUUUAUUUUUGUUCAUUUUUACACGUGAAUCAGACGUCUGAUCAUUCAAAAGAUUAAACUCUGGGUGAAUUA